AGACCCUCAUCUUCAGGAGCUCUCUGUUGACAGUUUUCACACCAGCGUUAACGAACCAAUCAGAACGUGUGAAGACACCAGAGUUCACUGAACCACAACAAACAGAGAGCCAAGAUGACGGAGGCAGACCUCCUUAACCUUCUGGAAGAUUUAACAGAUGAUCAAUUUGAGAAGUUCAAGUGGCACCUGGAGAGAGAAAAGUUGGGCGACAUCCGACCCAUCAAAAAGAGCCAGCUGGAGAAGGCAAAGAGGCAGGGUGCUGUAGAUCUGAUGGUGCAGAAAUAUGAACCUGCUGGAGCUGUGGAGGUGAUGAAGAGCGUUUUAAAGAAGAUCAGCAGGAAUGAUCUGGUGACGGAUUUGUCGAACAUCAGCUCAGGAUCAGAAGGAGCAGUGGGCAGUGGCACUGACAGGAGUAUCAACCCUAACACAGAUGUUUCUAAUGGUGGGAGUAAACCAGAGCAACCAGCAGAAACCCACGCUGACACUGGGGAAACAUCUAAACUCAUCACAGAGACGACCGGGGACAACAAGGGUUCAAACCCAGGACCUUCUAGCUGUGAGGCAACAAUGCCAAACACUGAGACACCUCACUGCUCACACACAGAAAGUGGAAAUCAGGAGGGUUUAGAUGAACAUCACAUCAUUCUGAUAACGAGAUGUCAACAUCUGACUGAAGAAACUGAUGAAGCAGGAAGGAAAAUCCUCUUCAACAGCUCCUUCACUGAGGUCUACAUCGCAGAGGGAAAGAUCUUCUGCUGGAUCACUGCUACAAUUAUGAAGUCAAUAUUGACUCCAGGCCAGAGAGGAGAGCUGCCCAAAAGCCUGACUAACCUGUAUUCACACUUCCUGCUGGUUCAGACAAAGAUGAAGAAGAACAAAUAUGAAGCACACAAGACAAAGAGUAAGAACUGUGAAGAUGAGCUGACAGAGCCUGACAGGAAACUUCUUCUGAAGCUGGGGAGGAAGACAAAGGUACUGAAGGACUUCCUGGACUAUGAGGAGGAGGUGGAGAAGGAGGAAGAGGAGGAUGGUGACAGAGUUAAUAGCCAUUACUCUUCUCUGGAUGACUUCCUGAAGAGAGCCAUGGAGAAAUCUCUCAGAAAAACCAUCCAGAGAGUCAUCGACAACCUGAAAGAGAUGAACAGUUGGAAUAUCUCUCCUGACAGAAGCAUCAACAUCUUCCACUGUCUGAUGGAGAUGAACAACCGCUCAGUACAUCAGGAGAUCCAAGAGUUCCUGAAGUCAGAGAACAGAUCAGAUAAGGAACUCUCUGUGAUCCACUGCUCAGCUCUGGCCUACAUGCUGCAGAUGUCAGAGGAGGUUCUGGAUGAGUUGGACCUGAAGAAGUACAACACAUCAGAGGAGGGACGACGGAGACUGAUCCCAGCUGUGAGGAACUGCAGAAAGGCUCUACUUACUGACUUUGGACUCUCAGAGACUGACUGUGAAGUUGUGACCUCAGCUGUGAAGUCCAACCCUCAUCUGACAGAGCUGCACCUGAGUCUCUACAAACUGUCUGAUUCAUCAAAGAAGCUUCUGUCUGCUGUACAGGAGAGUCCACACUGUAAACUGAAGACUCUAAGACUUAUUAACUGUGAACUCUCAGAGACUCACUGUGAAGUUGUGGCCUCAGCUCUGAAGUCCAACCCUCAUCUGACACAUCUGGACCUGAGCUGGAACAAACUCUCUGAUUCAUCAGUGAAGCUUCUGUCUGCUGGACUGGAGAGUCCAGACUGUAGACUGAAGACUCUGAUACUGUCUUGGUGUGGACUCUCAGGGACUCACUGUGAAGUUGUGGCCUCAGCUCUGAAGUCCAACCCUCAUCUGACAGAUCUGGACCUGAGUCACAACAAACUGUCUGAUUCAUCAGUGAAGCGUCUGUCUGCUGGACUGGAGAGUCCAAACUGUAGACUGAAGACUCUGAGACUUUCUGACUGUGGACUCUCAGAGACUCACUGUGAAGUUUUGGCUUCAGCUCUGAAGUCCAACCCUCAUCUGACACAUCUGGACCUGAGUCACAACAAACUGUCUGAUUCAUCAGUGAAGUGUCUGUCUACUGGACUGGAGAGUCCAAACUGUAGACUGAAGACUCUGAUAUUGAGGUGGUGCAGUAUGUCCGAGUUCAGCUGUGAUGAUCUGGCCUCAGCUCUGAAGUCCAACUCCUCCCAUCUGAGAGAGCUGAAUCUGAGUGUCAACAACCUGAAGGAUUCAGACGUGAAGCAGCUGUGUGGUUUUCUGGAGAGUCCAGACUGUAAACUGGAGGAUCUGAGAUUGAGUUGCUGCAGUUUGUCAAAGAUCAGCUGUGAUUAUCUGGUCUCAGCUCUGAAGUCCAACUCCUCCCAUCUCAGAGAGCUGUAUCUGAGAGGAAACAACCUGCAGGAUUCAGACAUGAAGCAGCUGAUUGAUCUUCAGGAGAGUCCAGACUUCAGACUGGAGACUUUGAGAUGGAAGGAUUGAUCUCUGUCAGAGUGAGAGUGAACAUCCAGGAGUGUUGAGAGGAAGCAGUUUGACUUCCUGUUUGUCUCUGAUUGGCUGUGGAUGAGCGAGCAGACAGCCAACAGAAAAGCUUUGAUGAGCUGGAUGAAGACAAAUGGACAUUUAUCCAGAUGUGUUUGUUGGUGUUAUAUUUUCUGCUCUUUCUGUUUGUUCCUUUAUCAGUUGAAGAUCUACCAGUUAUUUAAUUUUAUGUGUUGUUCAUCUUACAUUUGAAUCUUCUGAGUUUUCUGCUUUAUUUUCUUGCUGUAUGUUUGUUAGUUUUGGGUAAAGCGUUGUGUAACGUUGGUUUGAGGAGUUUUUCUAGGCACCUGAAGGGAGGCUGGUGAUAAUAAACAAAGACCAAAUUCUGAUAAACGUGUAAAUAAAUGAAGAGUCAGCACUUUUAUCCUGCAUGGAGCUUCAGCUUCAUGUAUAACAAAUAUUUUUACUGUAGUUCUUUUCUUUGUGAAUAAAUGGAAAAUAAUCAGAAUAGUUCCACAUUCUGUUUGAUUAAUCUGAUAAUCGCAGCAGCUCUAAAGAGGUGAUUUAUUUUAGUAAACUUACAUUUGUGAAUGUAACAUUUUGUAAUAUUAAAAAUAUAUUAUCUUCCCAGACUUCUAUCUAUCAUGGCUGAUAAAACAAAAGGUUUAGUAUGUUGUUACGACACUCUGAAACAGCUCGACCAAGAGGGACAAACGUAAUUACCAGAUUCAGAUUUUCAGCCAAAAAUAACCAAUCAACAGUCUCCUAUUAAAGCUGAUGGUCCUGUCAAAAUAAAGAAAAAGAAGGGAAAACACCCAGACCAGCACACAUAGAGCAGUAGGAUUGGGUCUCUUCCCUCUGACCUAAAAACAGAUAGAAAAAAAACAACUAAACUAAUAGAAGAAAAGCUGCAAAAACACGACUACUGGUCCCAUCACACCAAUAAAAAACUAACAGAAUCAACACAGAGAACACAAGCUGCUGCUGGCAGUAAGAGAGAGAGAUUCAGCUUCCUCUUCAUUGGUCCUGCAUCACUCGAAAACAUACAUGUGAAUAAUGUGAUGCAAAGUUCUUUCCAGCAGGGGGCAGCAUGUAACACUGUGUUGUGAUCAGGUUAAGAUGGCUCCUCUUUAGAUCAUGUUACACUCUUUAUUCUGCUGCCUUGUGGGUCAGGCUUAAAAAGGAAAGCAUGCAGAAGCUUCAGGUCGCCUAUAAUAACUACAUGCAGAUAUUACUAAAAAAAACAUUAGAUGAGUUCGUGCAAGAAACUUGUUCUAUAAGGCUGGAGUCAGUUUAGGUUCUACUGAGACACCUGAUGUACAAAUCUAACUGUAAACUGGAUUAUUCCCAGAAUGUCAUUAUGGUCAUGUUAAUAAACCCA